AUGGCGAAAUCAGGAGUCAGAAACAGACUUACGGGAUACCCUCUUGAAAUCGUACUCACGGCGGCCAACUCUGCGGCACAAGCCUGGUACGGUUAUGAUCAAGGUAUUACGGCAGGAAUUUUGAUUAGCUCCUACUUCAUCGAUACUUUUCCACAAACAAAAAAUUCAGAUAUCCAGGGUAUCACAGCAAGUUCAUUCUCGCUAGGAAAUCUGGCAGGAUGUUUACUGGCUGCGUUAUGUGGUGAUAAACUAGGACGCAAAAACACUCUUCGAUUAGGAGCGUUCUGGUCUUCAAUUGGAGCCAUUCUUCAGUUCACCUCCUUUCACUUUCCUCAAUUGAUCAUUGGCCGCCUAGUUAAUGGUUUUGGUAAUGGACUGAUAUCUUCCACCUGUGGAAUGUAUCAAGCAGAAUGCAGUCGUGGUCCAAGGCGAGGAAAGCUUUCGGUGAUUGUCGUGCUUCACAAUGUUGUGUUCUACUGCAUCGCUAGUUGGCUCACACUCGGCUGCUCGUACAUCAACAGUUCGGCGCAAUGGCGACUUCCUAUGGCAAUUCAGCUGGUUCCGUGCAUCGUCAUGAUUACCCUUCUACCAUUGGUACCAGAAUCGCCAAGAUGGCUUAUCAUGAAAGACCGUCGCGAUGAAGCACACGAAGCUCUGCGCCGUUUCCUCGGUAAAGACUUAUCUGCUGAUGAACCAAUCGUCGUCAAUGAGCUGUUAUCUAUUGAGGAGGCUUAUAACAUUGAGCGCCAAUCGCGCAUCUCUUUCAAGGAAGUAAUCUUAUGUCGCGACAGAAGUGGUCAUCUUAAGAGGCUGCUCCUUGGAUGCGGUGGCCAAUUCAUGCAGCAAUUUGGCGGAAUAAACGCACUAAAUUACUACUUCCCAAUCAUUUUAACCGAAAAUAUUGGCCUUUCCGAAUUUAUGGCUCGAGUCUUGACCGGAUGCAACGCAACCUCAUACAUGAUUUCUUCGGCUCUUUGCUUCUGGAUGAUUGAAAGAUUUGGCAGAAGACAGUUGAUGCUCGGAGGUCUAGGACUUCAGUGUCUCGCAUAUGUCAUGGUCUCUAUUGCUGUUGGCUCUCAAGCUAGUGCACCUUUUGAGUGGGGUGCCGUUGCCAUUACCUUUUUGUUCUUUUAUUACGCCGUAUUUGGCUGCACGUGGGGCAUGGUCCCUUGGAUUUUUGGAUCUGAGAUUAAUAGUAUGGCCAUGCGCACAAUUGGAUCCGCAUCGGCGACGAGUACGAAUUGGCUCUUCGGAUUUGUGUGCACCCAGUUUACCCCCACAGGCAUCCGAAAUAUUGGAUAUCGCUUCUACAUUAUCUUUGCUGCUUUUAACCUGCUUUUCGUGCCAGUCGUUUACUUCCUCUAUCCCGAAACUUCCAACAGAACUCUUGAGGAUAUUGACGAGUAUUUUGACAAGGACUCUGGCCACCAUCUCAUUAUUCCCUUUGGCGAUAAGGCUGCGAAAUCGACGGCUCGUCCUCAAGAGGCAAUUGACGCUGAAAUGAGACGUGUUGCUGUUGCUGAUAAAACCGCAGAAGCUAAGAAGAGCAAUACUGAGCAUGUGGAGGAGAUACGUGGAGUAUAA